AUGGAAAAAGGAAACACACCUAGUGCAGGCCACUCAUUGGCCAAUACAAUCACCAACUCAGGUCCUAUUUCAAUCUUGGCCUAUUGUUUAUCAUCAAUUUUAAUGACUGUUACUAAUAAAUUUGUUGUAUCAGGAUUCAACUUCAAUUUAAACUUUCUUUUAUUGGCAGUACAAUCUAUUGUUUGUAUUGUCACUAUUGGUACUUUGAAAACAUUUGGUAUCAUUACUUAUAGACAAUUCAACAAAGAUGAAGCUAAGAAAUGGUCACCAAUUGCAUUUUUAUUAGUUGGUAUGAUUUACACUUCAUCAAAAGCCUUGCAAUAUUUAUCUAUUCCAGUGUACACUAUUUUCAAAAACUUGACGAUCAUUUUGAUUGCUUACGGUGAAGUUAUUUGGUUUGGUGGUAAGGUUACUACUAUGGCAUUGAGUUCAUUCUUGUUGAUGGUUUUCUCCUCAGUCAUUGCUUACUAUGGUGACAAGGGUGAAGUCAAGACUGUUGAUGAUCAAUUUGCAUUAUAUUUGGGUUAUUUUUGGAUGUUUACCAAUUGCUUUGCUUCAGCUGCAUUUGUUUUAAUCAUGAGAAAAAGAAUUAAGUUGACUAAUUUCAAAGAUUUCGAUACCAUGUAUUAUAACAAUCUUUUAUCAAUCCCAAUUUUGUUAGUUUUCACUUUUUUGUUUGAAAAUUGGACACCGGAGAAUUUGGAAAAGAAUUUCCCUGCUGAUAAUAGAGUUGCCACUAUUGUUGCCAUGGUUUUGAGUGGUGCCUCCUCAGUUGGUAUUUCUUAUUGCAGUGCUUGGUGUGUUAGAGUCACAUCAUCAACCACUUAUUCUAUGGUUGGUGCCUUAAACAAAUUGCCAAUUGCAUUGAGUGGGUUGAUCUUUUUCAAUGCUGCUGUCAAUUUCUGGUCAGUCUCAUCCAUCUUUGUUGGAUUUGUUGCUGGUUUGGUUUAUGCUGUUGCUAAGCAAAAGCAACAAAAAGAAGCUCAAGGUUUACCAACCACCAAGUAA